AUGUGGGAAUUUGGUUGGAGCCACUCGGUGGGGCUGGGCUGGGGUAGCCAGGGCUGCACCAAAACGUCCCGCUGUGCCGUGGGCUCCGGGCUCACCCCCGGGGUCCUGCAGGCUCUGGACAAGUACAGGGGGCCUGAGGGAGGGAAAAAAGGGGGUCGAGCCAAACGUUUCGCCUCGGUCCCCCGCUACGUGGAGACCUUGGUGGUGGCCGACGAGUCGAUGGUGAAGUUCCACGGGGAGGAUCUCCAGCACUACCUGCUCACCCUGAUGGCCACGGCCGCCCGGCUCUACAAGCAUCCCAGCAUCCGGAACCCCAUCCAGAUCUCCGUGGUCAAGUUCCUCCUCAUCGGGCAGGACGACAAAGGGCCCAAGGUCACCGGCAACGCCGCCCUCACCCUCCGCAACUUCUGUGCCUGGCAGAAGAAGUGGAACAAGGGCAGCGACAAGCACCCCGAGUACUGGGACACUGCCAUCCUCUUCACCAAGCAGGACCUGUGUGGUGCCACCACCUGUGACACGCUGGGGAUGGCAGACGUGGGCACCAUGUGUGACCCCAAGCGCAGCUGCUCCGUCAUCGAGGACGACGGGCUGCCCUCGGCUUUCACCACUGCCCACGAGCUGGGCCACGUCUUCAACAUGCCCCACGACAACGUGAAGGCCUGUGAGGAGGUCUUUGGUAGGCUGAAGACCAACCACAUGAUGUCCCCCACCCUCAUCCAGAUUGACCGUGCCAACCCCUGGUCAGCCUGCAGUGCUGCCAUCAUCACCGACUUCCUCGACAGCGGCCAUGGAGACUGCUUGCUGGACCAGCCAACCAAACCCAUCCCGCUGCCUGAAGACCUGCCAGGGACCAGCUACAGCCUGAACCAGCAGUGUGAGCUGGCCUUUGGGGUGGGCUCCAAGCCCUGCCCCUACAUGCAGUACUGUGCCAAGCUCUGGUGCACGGGCAAGGCCAGGGGACAGAUCGUCUGCCAGACCCGGCACUUCCCCUGGGCUGAUGGCACCAGCUGUGGGGAAGGGAGGUUCUGCCUGAAGGGAGCCUGCGUGGAGAGGCACAACAUCAGUAAGUACAGGGUGGACGGUGGCUGGGCCAAGUGGGCGCCCUACGGGCAGUGCUCCAGGAGCUGUGGUGGAGGGGUGCAGCUGGCCAAGAGGGACUGCACCCACCCCGUGCCUGCCAACGGGGGCUCCUACUGCCAGGGCGUCCGCCUCAAGUACCGCUCCUGCAACCUGGAGCCCUGCCCUGCUGCAGUGCCUGGGAAGAGCUUCCGCGAGGAGCAGUGUGAGGCUUUCAACGGGUACAGCCACAGCACCAACCGCCUCACGGCCUCUGUCUCCUGGGUCCCCAAAUACUCGGGUGUUUCUCCCCGGGACAAGUGCAAGCUCAUCUGCCGCGCUAACGGCACCGGCUACUUCUACGUGCUGGCACCCAAGGUUGUGGAUGGCACCCCUUGCUCCCCAGACUCCACCUCGGUCUGUGUCCAGGGCAAAUGCAUCAAAGCUGGUUGUGAUGGGAAGCUGGGCUCCAAGAAGAAGUUUGACAAAUGCAGCGUCUGUGGAGGAGACAACAAGAGCUGCAAGAAGGUCUCAGGCUUGUUCACCAAACCCAUGCACGGCUACAACUUCGUGGUGGUGAUCCCUGCUGGCGCCUCCAACAUCGACAUCAGGCAGAGGGGCUACAAGGGGCUGGUCAGCGACGACAACUACCUGGCGCUGAAGAACGGGCAGGGCAAGUACCUGCUCAACGGGCACUUCAUCGUCUCUGCCGUGGAGAGGGACCUGCUGGUGAAGGGCAGCGUCCUGCGCUACAGCGGCACCGGCACGGCCGUCGAGAGCCUGCAGGGCUUCAAACCCAUCCAGGAGCCCUUGACUUUGGAGGUGCUCUCGGUGGGGAAGAUGACCCCUCCGCGGGUCCGCUACUCCUUCUACCUCCCCAAGGAGAGCAAAGAGGACAAGUCCUCCUACAAGAAGGACGGCAAGACCCCUCCGGACCUCCCCAACAGCGUCCUCAGCCUGUCCAACCGCUUGGAUGGUGGGAGACCCAGCUACAGGCGUCCCAUCUGCGGGGAGCCCUGCCCGGCCUGGGAAGCUGGGCCCUGGUCUCCUUGCUCCAAGAGCUGCGGUCGGGGUUUCAAGAGGAGGGCGUUGAAGUGCUCGGUCCCCGCCGGGCGCUUGUUGCCCAGGGAGAGUUGCAAUUUUCGGAGGAAGCCCCAGGAGCUGGAUUUUUGCACCUUGAGGCCGUGCUGA